AUGUUGGUGAAGGUUAUCAUCUUUGGGAUGAUCUUUCUUCUCAUGUCAGGCGUUAGAUGUGAGCCAGCAGAGGUGUUUGUUGAGGCCGGAUCUCAGGCUGUUCUACCCUGUAGAUGUGGCACGGCAAACUGCGAUCCUGUUACCAUCACAUGGACUAAAGACAAGAAAGGUACUGUUUGGAGAAAGCAAAGCAGCGGUCUGCAGUACUGGGGCUCCAGCUGGAUUGAGAAGGGGAUCCAACGUGUGCGAUGCCCUCACACCGCCUUCACUCGAGGGGACUACAGCCUCCAGAUCAACCAGGUGAAGGAGGAAGAUGGAGGACUUUACUUUUGUAGAGUGCAAAUUACUGACGGCAUCACCGAACAUCACUCUGUCAUGCUCCGGAUCAUUCAGGUGUCCAUCUCACCAUCGGCACCAAUAUGGGGGGACUCUGUGUCAGUCACUUGUAGUGUGAAACCUUGGCCUGAAGGAGCGUAUGUGAAGUGGAUGUUGAACGGCAGUCCGUUUUUGCCUGAAACAGGAUCCAUCACAGAAAACCGCAAGAGUGUCGUGGAAGAAAAGGCGACCGAUAAGCUUACAGGAAACUGGACCUGUGUCCUUAACGCCAAGAGAGAGUGGCGAGUGGCGACAACGCUGUCUGUGCAAGGAAUCAGCCAGCCAAUCAAGAGUGAUACUAAAUUUUAUGCUGCGGUGGGGUCUGCAGUUACUCUCCCCUGUGUGUUCUCUCCUCGAUUAAACCCUACAGAGACGGUUUUAGAAAAGACGGACGCUCGGAAACAUCUUGAUCUCAGCAACAAGUCCGUUUAUCCGACGUCCUCGGAUAAGUCCUUUACAAUCCAGGAAGUUACUCUCGGGGAUCAGGGCAAGUACAGAUGUGCGGGAACCGUUAAGGGGCAACGUCUGACGCGAACAAUGCAGCUUGUCGUUGCUCAAAUUGUCCAGUUAAAAAAGAAGAGCUCUGUGACGCUGACCUGCCAGCUGAGUGACGCGAGCGAAGUCGCAGAGUACGACUGGGUCCGUGUGACCUUUGACCUCAACAGCAGCAGGUCAGAGGGGCCCAUCGUGAAGGGACAGAGCAUUUCCUUAAACGAGGACUGGGGUGAAUGGACGUGUCGUUACUAUGGCAAAGAGGGCGUUUUGGGGAGUGUAACAACCCAGGUUCACAUAAUGAGCGGACAAAGUGGACAAAUAUCAGGUGUCUCAGGGAGCACAGGCACCGUGGUCGGACUGAGUUUUCUCCUCAUCAUCCUGCUGCUCAUCCUCGCUCAGAUGUACAAAAAUCACCAGAGGAGGAAAAGAAUCUUGCAGUAUCCUGCGCUGGAGACUAUUGUUCACACCGUCUCCAACGAGCGAGACGAGAAAGAAAGGAACCGAGUGAAGAAGUGA